AUGGCCGGCUUUGGCCAGGCGCGGCGCGACGCAUACGACCGCAGCGCGCGGUCGGAGCACUGGCGCUCCACGUUCGCGGGCCUCACCGCGUUUGAGCGUCACCAGCGUCUGCUGCGUCAGCUGGGCGCGUAUGACGGCGCGGGCGGCCAGGAGCAGGGCGGGGCCGACGACCCCGCGGCAGCACUUGCCGGCAUCCGCACAGACGCAGACGUGCUGCGGCAGUCAUACCGCUUCAUCCGGCGCCCCGAGGACGACGCGCGGGACAGCUGGGAGGUGCGGCUGGCGCGGCGCUACUACGGCCGCCUGUUCCGGGAGUACGCCAUCAUAGACCUCUCCAGGUACCGAGAGCAGAAGGUCGGCCUGCGGUGGCGCACCGAGGCCGAGGUCGCGUCGGGCAAGGGCCAGUUCGUCUGCGGCGCGCGCGGCUGCGGCGCCCGAGAGGGCCUCGCCAGCUUCGAGCUGCUGUUCCGCUACCAGGAGGCGGGGGAGGCCAAGGCGGCGCUGGUGAAGGGUCUCAUACUCGCGUCUCAAAUGGGCGUGGCCGAGGUGUAUGGGCUCUCACAGUGCGCUUGA